AGAGGAGGUGUCAAUCCUAGCGCUGCUCAGUGACCAUCGCGGCGCCACCCAAGUAACACCUUUCGUCCACUCUUCAGCCCCGGCUGAUCGUCGUCACCAUCGUGGUCGCCAAGAGGAGAGAUAAAUCCGUUCCUUUUUGUCGUCGUCGUCAUCCUCGUUGUCGUCGUCGUCGCCGUUGUCAUCGUUGUCGCGUGUCCACUCCAAACCAAAUUGAACUGGACUGGAUUGUCCUCUCUCGUGAAUGUCACGUUGCUGAACCGUUCGACGUUCAUCCGGUGUCUACACUCGUCGUAAAUCGUGGACAUAGUGUCGUGUUUCGAGACAUCCGGGGGAAAGCGAAGAAAGACGAAGGUAGUGACACGAUAUCAGCGGCGGGGUAAUAUAACGCAGAGUACACUGCAAGCAGGUGAGAAGUCAGUGAUCAGUGAACGCCGGAUUUACAUCUCAAUAGGCUGGUAGAGUGGUUCGCAGAAAACUAGUGUUUCGAAAUGGGUGUGACUCUCAUACUGAAGAUCUAUCAAGCAGCAUCACAGUAGACAUCCGCACGCAAAAAUAUCGAAACUCCAAAAUCUGGUGUGCAGUGUACAGCCUCGUCCCGGUUUAGUGGUGAGGUGUUCCGAGAGCGGACAACUCGCAUCGACACUUUACUGGUGAUUCACUCGAAAAUAACCGCACUAUGGUGAAGGCACGUUGAAGCUUUGGGCACAGUCCUAUCGGCAGGACGGUGUCCAAGUUGUAAGAUGUCGACUGAUCAACUUGCAGCAGCCAGCGACACGAUCGUCGGCGAUUUUUUGCAGCCAAAUUGCGCGAAAGAGACGUGCGGUGGUUUCAAGAGUCACGAUUCAUGGUCUUGAACGCGAAAUCUUCACGAGACGCGAGUGUCUAAUAGAAGAUAUGAGGAGGUACGAGCGCGAUCGUCGACCAGUCUAGAUACUCCGAAGUGCAGUCUCCAUCCGACGGCUCGCGAACCCUCGCGAGCGACAGCGCGCAUUCGGAGCGAGAACGGAGGGACCAUCGCGCGAGCAGACCAAGGUUUUGAGUCACUCGAAGAGAAAUCUCGCGCGACUCGGCACACCCGCCCGUCUCGAUGAGAUUCGAACAAGAUACGGCGUGCAGGGGUACCCACUGCGCCAGCACUCCGCAACCCUCCGCGCUGCAGCAGCGAUCACGGCCCGAGGAGGUGGUGGUGGAGGAGGAGGAGGACUCCUCCGCGAAGGACGUCGACGGUCAACGACGUAGACGCAGAGAAUUGGAGGCUAACGUGGUCGAGGGUGCGAAUACGGGGCCGCGGGCCGAGGCGGGGGGGCCUGGGAUGGCGUACCCCGCGCCAGCGACGGCUCUGAAUCAGCACUCGCCCUUCGCCAGCUCGAUCGCCGGCACGCCACCCGCUAACAAUCCUAACGGCCACAUCGGUGCCGGCGCACACCUGCCGGCGCCGGCGGCACCGCGACCGACGGACUUCAGCGUCUCUUCGCUGUUGACCGCGGCAAGUACCCAUCCGCCGAUUUUGGGCGGUUCGUCGUCGCAGGGUAGCGCGUCACCGCCGCCUGGUGGACCCGGUAGUCCGGCCGCUGCACCGGAAACGCCGCCACCCUUAGCUACGAGCCAACGUGAAUUGUCGCAUCCAUCUUCGGCGGUGGCGGCUGCUAACUACUUCAGCGCUGCUGCCUUGGCAGCAGCGAGUUUCUACAAUCCGGCGGCUCAUCUGCCGCCGACCAGCUCGCCAGGACCAACGGCGCAUCAUCUUCAGAGCAAGGGGAUACUCAGCAGCGCGCAUCAUCAUCCACAUCUCAACCCACACGGUAUCACGCCGCCAGGGCUAGGUCUGGGACCGCACACGCCGGAAGAAGCUGCUGUCCUGGCGGCCGCCGCGGCAGCAUUACAUCACCACCAUCAAGGCCCCGGCGGCCCUGCGAUGAGGCCUCUGAGGCCACCGCUGCCACCGGGGAUGCUCCACGCAUCGCCCCAUCCCUUGGCCACGCAUCACCCUCUCGCAGCACCGCAUCAUCCCCUUGUGCCGCCUCACCAUCCAGAGGAGGACGGCGUCGUCGACGACCCGAAGGUCACGCUCGAGGGCAAGGAGCUCUGGGAGAAAUUCCACAAGCUCGGAACGGAAAUGGUCAUCACGAAGAGUGGCCGACGCAUGUUUCCCGCGUAUAAAGUGAGGGUGUCCGGAUUAGACAAGCGGGCUAGCUACAUACUUCUAAUGGACAUCGUGGCAUCGGACGAAUGCCGAUAUAAAUUUCACAGCAGUAGGUGGAUGGUAGCGGGUAAGGCGGAUCCGGAAAUGCCGAAGAGGAUGUACAUACAUCCGGACUCGCCGAGUAGUGGCGAGCAGUGGAUGCAGAAGGUCGUGAGCUUCCACAAACUCAAGCUCACCAACAACAUCAGCGACAAGCACGGCUUUGUAAGUACUACGAUACUGAACUCGAUGCACAAGUAUCAGCCGAGGUUUCACCUCGUGCGAGCCAACGACAUCCUGAAGCUUCCGUACUCGACGUUCAGGAGUUACGUUUUCAAAGAGACGGAAUUCAUCGCCGUGACGGCCUAUCAGAACGAAAAGAUCACUCAACUGAAGAUCGAUAACAACCCCUUCGCGAAAGGAUUUCGGGACACUGGCGCGGGGAAGCGCGAGAAAAAAAGGCAGGCGCUACUGACAGUAUCGGGCGGCGGUUCCCGUUUGACGACGGGGGGACCACCAUCGCCGGACAAGCGGCGCUCGUCCAACUCCGCCACCGACCUCAUGGACGACGAGGACAAACUGUUGGACGUGGUAGGACCCGACACGCCACACCCAGCCCACCAUCAUCGGGAACGGGAGCAUUCUCGCGAGAGGGAUGACCGCGCGAGUGAACGAGGCGAGGGUAGCGAAUCCUCCGGGUCGGAGAGUGGCGGCGGUGGAGCGGGUCCUACGGGAUCGGAAGGUCCGCGACCGGACGUUUCAGUCGGCCCUCCGCUUCACCCACCCUUGUUGCCGUAUCUGUACCCACCAGUACCCGGACUCUAUCCUGGUCCUGGUCACUUGAUACCACCCACUCCUCUGGGACUCCACGGUGGAGUAACACCCGGGAUGUUGUUCAAUGCCCAACUGGCCUUGGCUGCCUCCCAACAUCCUGCGCUCUUCGCGCACUACCCCCAUCCCUUGGCCAGUCCGCUGCACCAACUCAAGGGCCACCGUUUCGCGCCGUACACGCUACCGGCACCGUCGCACGGUUCCGCAUUCGAGACUGUGACACCUGGCAGUAGAACCUUGAGUCCGAGAUCACCGCCACCGAGGCCGCCAACCGGCUCUCCGACUCCCACUGGCGGUGGCGGCACUCUCACGUCGACCACUUCCAGCAGCUCCGCCGGUGAGCUCAAGUCCAUCGAGAACAUGGUGAACGGACUGCAAGAGAAGAGAAGAAGAAGUCCUAGUCUGACGCCCGGGCACAGGGGCGACGACACUGGCGGAGGGAGUCCGUGACAGGAGAACGAGCCUGUGAGCAGCACGAAGGACGACGACCCCGAGGACGAGGAUCGCGACGAGUCCGGCGACCCGGAGGAUCUCCUCUCCGCCGACGAGAGGGAGCCGGACUCCACGUCGGAGCCGUCGUAGCGGAAGGAACGUCGGCUGGUCGGUACUCGAUUCUACAUGCCUCCUUAUCUGCGGACCGCUCUCGCCGUCGUCCUCCUCGGCUCGCUACGGUUUUGCCCUCACCCCCCACCCCCCGCCCGGGAUUCUCGCUGGACGUGUCGGACGGGAGCGGGGAAGGCCGGACUCUUAUACUACAAAGUGCAAUUUUAUUUCCGGAGUGGCGCCGAGCUCGAGGUGUGCUCGCGAGUGGUGGUGGCGGCGCCACUUCGUGCUUUCGGGACGAAACGGAAGGAAAGUCCCUUCUCGCGUGUUUCCUGUAUCUGUAAAUAGACCCUGGCGAUUCGCGAGAGCACGAUCGCGCGUUAGGAAUGUGCGUCUCUGUUAAAGGACAGCCUGGAGAAAGAGAGAGAAAGCGAGGAAAGAAAGAGAGAGAGGGAGGAAGGAAAGGAGUGAAGGCCGUUGGAGAAGCGAGGUGUGUUGGACUCGACGCGGACGCUGCGCUGAUCACGUUACUGUAAAUUAAACGAGACGCAAGGGUGAGUGCGCUAGAAAGAUAGCGAGAGGAGAAAAGAGAGAGAGAGUGAAUAUGUGUGUAUGUGUGUGUGUGUGUGUGUGUGUUGUGAGAGAGAAAGAGAGAGAAAGAGACGGAGAGAUUGAACGAGAGAAAGAGAGAAUGAAAGAAUGAGGAAGAGGAGAAGAGUUUGUGAGCGCGAAUCCGUGUCAUGUGUGAGUCUACGUCACCCGUGAACGUUUAGGUCUUAAGGCAGGAGAACAGAGAACGAUAUUGCAAUAUAAGAGCACCUCCUACUACUUGCAGCCCCUGUACAUAUGUACCCUAUAAAUAUAUAUAGUGAUAUUAUAUAUAUUAUAUUAUAUAUAUUAUAUUAUAUAUAAAUAUUAUAUAUAUAAAUAUAAAUAACACAUCUACUCUCUGUACUAAUUAUUAAAUAUAUUACAUGAUAACGAUUAGAGACGUAAACACGCAUAAACGCACGCUGCCCGAUUUACGCCUCGGAAGUGCAAAAAGAAAAGAGCGAAAAGAAAACGAGCGAAGCGAAAAGAAACACGAAUUUUAAAUCCGAAGAACCACAAGGCCGAGUCGACGACUCUAAAAGGAAAGCGCGACGCAGCGCAAACCGCGGAUCGAUUCACCUAGUAGCAAGGCGCCGCGCUUCCACGAAUAUUCUCGUUCUAAAAAAAAUCCUACGUCGCCGUACCCAGAGACUCGCGUUUUUCGCGGGGCAAGAUUGUCCGUUGAAACGACGCGAUGCGACGGGAGAUCCGUUCGUUCGUUUCCCUGAACGGCUUAUUAUCACUUUUGACGAAUUGUGCUUUUUUUACGAAUAGCGAGAAGGAAUCUCCUCGUUAUCCUGCGUUCUCGACGAUCUUCCUCGCACCUUUUUAUGGAUAAUCUUUCUCUCUCGACCUUUUACUAGUAGGUUCAAGGUAGGUCGGGUUCUUGUGAUCGUCGCCUAUCGUACUUUCUUAUCUCAUAUAAUCGCGCGAAUUAUUUGCAAAAAAUAAAAUACUGUACGAGUAUAUUUGCAGAAGGAACGAUACUACUUUCGCAUCGUGCCGUGAGAUAUCCAUAGAUUUAUAAUUUGAUUCAUUUUUUAAGUUCAGUAAACGACAAAUUCGCGGAACGUGCCACUUUCAAUUGUUUAAAAGAAAAAAAAAACGCGAGAAAAAUAAAAAAUAACGAAUCUCAGAGGUAAUUUCUUUACGACAGUUCCUCAUCGCGCUUCGCCGCCGUAUGUUUUACAACAAAGAACCAAAAUUCCCCUGCGCGCCGACAAGAAGUCCGACCGAACCUGCAAUUUGUAUAAACAGUAGGAAUUGGUGUAGACAACUAUUAAACACAUGUAAUAGAACGUCGAGUAACUAUUACAAUCAGCUCGCAAGAGUCACUUUAGGGAGCGGAGGGGACGAGGGGAGGGAAGAGGGAGCGCUAUCGCGAACACUACACGUACGUAAUACAAUAGAAGCGGUUUAAGGAGAAAAACACGUGACAUCCGGGAUGGUAGAUAACAGUGAUUUAAAGCGAAAUCGCGCAAUGUCCGCGGCAAAACGUAGCGGCGAUUUUUAAGGAGAGAUCCGAGAAUGGGAUUCCCGCGAUAUCCGAGAAUGGAAGACCGUUUGCCGUUUGCACGCGCUUGUGAGGAAGCGAAUGAGCGAGCGAGCGACGACAAUACGACUGGACGUCGCGCGUCUCAAACGGCGACGAUCGGAAGAUCAACUCGGUGUUAUUUCGCACCGAUGGAAUUUGACAUUGUUGUCGAUUAUUCUGUUGAUGUCGUCCAAACGACUAUUGGACUCUUCUUACUUGGAUCCUGAAACAUCCCGACUGGAAAUUUUGUCACAUGGUCUUGCACUGGAGAAAAAGUCUUGUAAGAGUUAACUGAUGCAAUUGGCUGAGUGUUUCAGUGCAAUAUUUGGUACUUAGUAUCAAAUAGGAUAAUAGUUACUAAACGUUUGGUAAUAAUUACAAAAUAAUUAGUAAAACGAAUUUUUUCUUUAGAUAAAUUAAUUAAAUGGCUUGGUAAAUAAUACGAAAUAAUCUGGUGAUAUAAUUACUAGAUAGUUUGAUUAUUACCAAAGUAUUUGCUCAUACACAUUUCGUAUAUUUAUUAUGUAAUGUGGUAAAUAUUACUAAAUAAUGUAGUUUUACUCAAUAAAUUAUUUAGUAAUGUGUACCACAUAAAUUGGUGAUAGCCUUAACAACAAAUAUCAAUUUUUGCCAAAUAUAUUUAUUAAUAAUCAUUUGAUUAUAUUCGUCUAUACGUGUUUAGUUGAAACUAUUUCAUUAAAGCAUUUGAUAACUAUUAUCCAGGUUAUGGAUGGUUAAUGCAAACUUUUUUUUCAGUAUAAUCAGGUUGAUCCAAAUUAAUUGUGGUUUGUGUAUUAUUGCCGGCUCUAAAUUAUUAAUAAUUUUUUUAUUAUUAAGAAGGUCGCCGAUUGUGUUAUGCUACAUUACAUGAUUUAUCAGGUAACAACAUCAUAUUUAAAAAUAUAUAAUCUAAUUUAGCAAAAUUCUCUGAAUCCUAAAGGAUUUUAUUCUUAUAUAUGAUCUCAAGAGGAUUUUUCUAAAACCAAAAGGAAAAUAUUCUAAGCACUAUAUUCUUAAAGUCAGAGGAAUUUCAUUUUUUAUCUACAACACAAUAUCUUGCUUAUCACGUUCUUCGUAUCACGCGUAAGAGAGCAUUUUGCGUCGAGUAAGCAUAUUCCCCUUGAUCCAAAGGGGAAAAAAAUUAGAAUAAUAAAAAGAAAAUUUUGUUGUCGAAACGAAAAUUUGAUACACCGGUAGAUAAUUUGAUUAAAAUAGAAUCAGCUAAAUGGCAAUAAUUUGGUUGUACCAAUUACAAUUUGUACGUUUUUCUUCCCUAAUAAUACAUGUACUUACAAUAUAUUAUUGGGAUAUAAAUGAAAAACAUGGUAAUGCCAACAAAAUCUUAUGUACUAAAUAUUUUAGUUCCAAAUACAAAGAUAAUUUUUUCAGUGUAUUUAGUAGAUUUUCAAUUAAUAGUCCACUUCAUCAGAAUAGUAGUACUUGUUCAAUAAAUGUUUCCAUUUAGAAUAUGGGAUUACAAGAAGGUAACACUUUGCAAAAGUUCCUCAUUCUGGGUGCACCUUGUACAAAUCAAAUAACUGACUGAGAUCAACCUGAUCAGGAUCAUGGGAUAAGUUUUCAGUUGGGAUGCUGUUGUAGUCCUAGACUAAUUUUCGUCGCGUCUUCUGUGCAUUUUCAAAUCUGCAUUAGAGCGUCGAGUAUCGUAAAGCGGGGGUAAAAUAUAUCAUCUCUAAGUCAAUCUCUCGUUUCAGCGAAUUUAUUAUCGUUGUUGGGUAACAGCGAAAGGUAAGUCAAUGAUGAUUGGAUCGGCCAUUCGCUCGACAUUGAACGCAAUAAUUGAGUUAUGUUACAUCGCGUUUAAUACAACCAUCAAAGCAAUCGCGACUGCCCUCAGCAGUCUAGCUGACCAGGGCUUUCCAGUGCAUGAUAUUUCAAAAAUUUGGUUUCGAAGACACUUACAUCUAAUAACUGUCAAUUAGUGCUGAUAUGAUUACAUGAAUAUGUAAUUGAUCAAACAUCUUCUCCUAUUCGAAUGUGUUAACUAAAACGAGAGAGAUAUUAUCGACCUUUCGAAUGCAAUUCUGAUCAGCUUUAUUCCAUUUUGCGAUACCCAUUGUACGAGCUAGUAUCGUCGUUGUAAUAUAUCUAUAAAUCCGAAUCGAUUACGAGGAAGCGAAAUAUUGUAAAAUCCGAAAGCAAUAAUCUCGAGCGGAGUCGUGAGCGCACAACUACCGCGAAUGAAAGUGCUCGAUUCGGCUGAUUUUAAUGGGAUAUCGCGGUCGACGGCGCAGGUAAAGAUCACUAUUGGCCUGGCGCGAAAUUCGCAUUCGAAGAUUCCCGACAAGGCAACGCCGAGUAAAUCGAGCCUUUCAGAAAACGAAGUUCGACUCGGGACCGUAAUGUCGAGUCCACGAUCAUUACUGAUCGUGAUUUAAUGAGCAGGAACCCGGAGCGCCUAUUCGGACAGCAAUUCGACAGGAGAGAUAACACAGUAGAGGAGAACAAUUGCUUUUAUUCCAUUUAUAUAUACUGAUCAGGACUAAGAGAUACGUCAAUAGUAACCCGAGAAGUCGCCUGCGAGUCGCGAAGGAAAUAUUUUCCACGAAUCUCAUGGUUUUUGUAAUAUAACGCAAUCGAUCAUUUGUUUCUUAAUUCUAGAUUUGCACAUAGAGCCAUUGAUUUUCUGCUCAUCGAGCACGUCCGGCGAACAUUGUACAUAGUUGUGUUACUACAGCCUAUUACCGAACUGUACGAGCUCCUUCUUAGGUCCCAAAUAUUAUUUGUAUAUCAAAAGGAAGAAAAAUAAUUCAGCAGAUAUGUAGCGAGCCGAGUGCCGCCGCAUUUGUGGCAUUAAAUUAAAUUAUGUAUGGCGUGUAUGACGCUCUGGUGCGGAAGUAGAAUCUGAUUGAUAUGUACAGACACGAUUGACUUGUCGCGUUCUUAACUCGAGUUAAGUUAUUUGUAUGGAUAAAUGUUAUCCCCUAAUUGUAUCAUACGUAUUAUCAAUUUAGUGCUGUGAUGGUUCUUAGUGAAAGUUAGUCUAUGGACGAAGAGAUCGUGUACAAUAUUAAGUCACCUCAUAAGGCGAUACGCAUUAAUUUAACGUUAAAACCUACGUGUAAUCUCGAGACGCUCUAAUUGCAUGAGACAUUUUUUCUUCGUCCAUCUGCUCCUUCAAUUAAACGCGAUUCGUUUGUAUAACACGACGAAUUUACACAUUGUUCGUUGGAAUCUUAUAAGCAAGUUACGAUCGAAAGGAGAACAGAAAGAACAGAAGGAAGAAAGGAAAGGAAAUUGCAGCUCGUUCAAAAUCGCGUCUCUCAGUUCUCUCUCGAGCCUCCGAAUCUUCGAGAAUUUGCUCAACCCUUGCAUAAUUUUCGUGGCUUCCUUCGGUGCACGGUCCUGCGCUCGAAGCGAUGCGAACCUCAUUGUCGACGAGAAAACAGGAAAAAAAGCAAUAAAAAAGAAAAGAAAGGAAGAUAGGAAAAGAAACGGAAAGAAACGGGCGGUCCAGGCGUGGCCGCGUCAAACAUGAACCUAACUUCUUACACGAGAAUCGUGAUAUUCCGUGACUUGUAUUGUAUAUUGUACACUCCCUAGACCCCCGGCCCUAACUCCGUUCCCUACCUUACCCUAUCAUCAAAAUCCCUCCGAAAAAUCCACGUGAUUAUAAGAAUUAUAUAUAUAUUAAUUUAAAAA